AUGAUUUCGUUGUUGGACACGGCGAGAAAGUUUCUGGACAUUCCGGGCUUCAAUUGGAAGUCCUUAAUUAUUGGCUUUACUGUUGCCAAUUUUCUGUUUGAUUCCUACGUUAAGUAUCGUCAAAUUCGUUGUGUCAAGGCAAAUGGUAAUAGGGUCCCCAAAGAAUUGGCCAAGUAUGAUAUAAAUACAGACACUGUUGUGAAGUCUUCCAAGUAUAGUGUUUCUAAAUUGAAGUUUUCCAUUCUUGCCGGCCUUUAUGAUUGUGUGGAAAACAUUGCAUUCUUCCAUUAUGAUGUUUUGCCUAAAUUGUGGCUGAAAUCCGGUUCUUAUUUGAACUGUUUGGUCAAGUAUGUCCCAUUUUUAACCAAAUGGGUUCAAGGCAGUCUUAUUAGUCAAAGUUUAGCAUUCAUGGGGUUGUUUAUGGGUGUAUCGAUUAUUUUGAGUAUUCCAGUCAAAUAUUACCAAAAUUUUGUGCUUGAAGAAUCUUAUGGCUUCAAUAAGCUAACUAUAAAAUUAUGGGUAACUGAUACAAUUAAACAAUUUGCUCUUACAUGUGUUUUAGGUGGUCCAAUUCUAGCUGCAUUUUUGAAGAUCAUGGACUAUUACGGCGAUUCCUUUAUGUAUCACUUGUCAGUAUUCAUUUUUGCAGUUCAGAUUUUUUUCAUCAUUGUUUAUCCUAAAUUUAUCCAGCCUUUCUUUAAUACCUUAACUCCAUUAGAGGAUGGUGACUUGAAGAAUGCGAUUGAAAAGCUUGCCCUCAAGAAUAAGUUUCCAUUGGAUAAACUGUACGUCAUUGACGGUUCUAAACGUUCUGGCCAUUCAAAUGCCUACUUUAUGGGUCUACCUUGGGGAUCCAAGCAGAUUGUUAUAUUUGAUACACUAAUUGAGCAUUCCACCGUUGAUGAAGUUGUUGCUGUUUUAGGCCACGAAAUAGGUCAUUGGAAAUUAAAUCAUACCACCAAGUUGAUGACUAUCGGAGAAUUACACAUGUUUAUGAUCUUUACUAUUUUUUCUGUCUUUAUCAAGAAUAGGUCUUUUUACAACUCUUUUGGCUUUGGCUUACCAAAUGGAAUUACUGAAAUGCCUGCAAUGAUUGGUUUCUUGUUAUUUGGUGAUGUUUUGAAACCAUUGGACGCUGUCAUGGAAUUCGUUAUGAAUUUAAUAACUCGUAUUUACGAAUACCAAGCUGAUCGGUUUGCGGCAGAACAAGGAUUAUCGAAUGAUUUAAAGACAGCUUUAGUCGUUCUACACAAAGAAAACCUUUCUUCCCUAGUUGUUGAUAGUUUAUACUCUGCAAAGGAGUAUAACCACCCAACAUUGGGCGAAAGAGUAGCUGCAAUUGACGCAUACUUGACAGAGUCUAAAAAAGAGCAGUAG